UUGGUCAGGGUUGGCAGUGGACAUUUGCGGUCUGGUCUCCGUCCCACCAGGUCAGGGUGACCAUCCAACUCACCCGCCGCCCAGAAGCAUCAACUACCUCUGACAAUCGAUGUCCAACCCAGAACCAAGCAAGAGCUCGAAAGGAAAACAUCCUCAGCUGGAACAGCAACCAGAAGAGUCAUCCUUCGACCGGCCCGGACCCGGGGCCGGCCUCCAACCAGCUACCACCGUUCGAGCAAAGGAUAAGAUACUGGCGGCAUGUGCGGGAGGAUGUUUGACAAGUUUGACAAUGACUCCGUUGGAUGUCGUCAAAACUCGUCUGCAAACUCAAUCUCAACCUUUUUCCGGAUUAGCUUAUUGUCCCUCCUCAACAACAACGACCCUCAACCAUCUGAUGCACGAUCAUCCGCUCUCCCAAGCUUACCCCUGUCGCCCCUCACCCUCCUCGACUGGCACCCUAGCCACCCUGCUCCAAAUCGUUCGUCUCGAGGGCAUUAGCUCACUCUGGCGAGGAAUCGCGCCUACCCUUAUGAUCUCCAUCCCGGCACAGGCAAUCUAUAUGCUCGGAUACGAUAGCCUCCGCUCGGCCUUCCUCGAGCUCGUCCCGCCGAGCAGCAGGGACGGCCUAUCUUCGGGGUCCUCUUCGGUCCAGCUGAUCCCGCUCGUCUCCGGGAUCCUGACACGCUCGUUUGUCGUCUCGCUAUUCUCGCCGCUGGAGCUGAUUCGGACACGGCUCCAGUCAACGCCCUCAACUCGACCUGAGCUAGUCCGGCUUGCGCCAUUCGAUCCGAACGCCCGGGGUGGUUGGGGGAGCCCCCGCCCGAUCCUUGGCACGCUGCUCGAUUUGGUGCGCUCGACCGGUCUUCGGAGUCUUUACCAGGGGCUACCGGCGACCCUGUGGCGGGACGUGCCCUUUAGCGGGCUCUACUGGUCCUCAUACGAGGCCGUCCGGCCGAUGCUCAGCGGCGGACUAGGCUUUGGCGAGGCCGACCGUCGGGCCAGUGUCCACCAGCUUGCCCUCCAGAGCUUCCUUGCCGGCUCCUUUAGCGGCGCUCUCGCCGCUACUCUCACUAAUCCCUUCGACGUUGUCAAGACCCGCAGACAGGCUUCCCCUUCUCUCCCCCCUCCCUUGACCUCAUCCUCAUCCUCCCGUACUCUAAGACUCCCUGGGACCAUACGUAUCAUUCUUCAGAUCGCCCGCUCUGAGGGCAUUAGAAAAGGGCUCAUGAGAGGUCUCUCCCCGCGGCUGGCCAAAGUUAUCCCUAGCUGUGGAAUUAUGAUUGCUUCGUAUGAAGGACUUGCUCAAGUACUUUCAAAGUACUAGGUUCAUACACAUCUUUUCGAGAGACCUCGCUUUCGCCGUCCAUCCUACUCAUCCAGUCUUUCAUGGACUUCCUACUUCUGCUGUUCGUGUAAAACGUUUGCUACUUCGGCUUUACUUCUUCCGCUUUCAAUUUUUACUCGCAGAAUUCACAUUUUUCUUAUGAAAUAUUAUAGACUUGUCAUCAUCAUUCCUAUUCCUCUCCAUCCACCCCCUCAGCAAAUUAAUGAAUCAAUUUAUCAAUCAAUCAAUCAACAAAAAAAGUGCAUAUCUCUUGUAGACCUUUUCUCUCUAUUUCCAUCCCCCUUCUGUCUUCCGGAUCACUAACUGCAACACCCACACAUACAAAUAAUCUAAUGCUUUGUUGACGGGCACUAUCUUUUAUCCCCCUUUUUGUCUUGUAGAUAAAUAUUAUCAUCCCUUUCAAUUCUUAGAAUUAGACUCAGAAAAAUUAACAAGCAACUUAAUGUUAUUUUAACUAUGA